AUGUCAUCUCAAGGCAGCACAACUUCCUCAGCAGCCGCCUUCCUCAAUGGUGGCUCCUCCUCCACCAACUUCCACCCUACUGGUCGUAAAGUCGGCAACCAUCCCCGCCAAUCCUCAUCCGCCCUAUACACCGCCUUCUCCCCAAAGCAAAUCCAAGGCUUCCAAGAAGCAUUCAACAUGAUCGACACCGACUCCGACGGUCUCAUCACUCGAUCCGAUAUCUCUACAAUGCUUCAAAACCUCGCACUCCCCUCCGACCCCGCCACACUUGAAUCUUAUUUCAAACACUCCUCCCCCAACAACGGUGUCAAUUUCACCCAGUUUCUAACAAUGUUCGGAGAACAUCUGGCAGAGUUGGACGAUCAAACGGUACUAAUGGAAGCAUUCGAAUGUUUUGACGAGAAGGACGUGGGCAAGAUCGAUGCUCAGGAGUUGAGGUUCUGGUUGAGUCAAGUAGGUGAUAAAAUGACGGAGCGGGAGAUCGAUAGAUUGUUGGCUGGACCCUUUAUGGAUAAGAGUGGCAAGACGUUUGAUUACAAGGCUUUCGUAGAGGCUGUCAAGAUGUCGGAGCCUGCUGAAGUUGAGUAG